CCCCUGCACCCCGGAGUCCGGCUUCGUCACCCCGUCUUGGGGGGCCUGCCCUCCGGCCUCGAGAAUCCUCCCCCUGCAGCCCAACAACAACAAAACCCCCCGUCUCGCCCAGUCACCGGGGAGGGGGGGGACCAUGUCCCAGCGGGUGAGGCGCAAUGGGUCCCCCACGCCGGCCGGCUCCCUUGGGGGUGGUGCGGUGGCCACGGCCGGGGGACCCGGGAGCCGCUUGCAGCCCAUGAGGGCGACGGUUCCGUUCCAGCUGAAGCAGCAGCAGCAACAUGGCAGCCCCACGCGGAGCGGCGGCGGCGGCGGCGGCAACAACAACGGUGGCUGCUGUGGUGGCGCCUCAGGCCCCGCAAGCGGCGGCGGCGGCGGCGGCGGUGGCCCGCGCACCGCCUCGCGCAGCACCAGCCCCACGCGCGGCGGCGGGAACGCGGCCGCGCGCACCAGCCCCACGGUGGCCACGCAGACGGGCGCGUCCGCGACGUCCACGCGAGGCACCAGCCCCACGCGCAGCGCCGCGCCUGGAGCUCGCGGGAGCCCCCCACGGCCGCCGCCGCCGCCGCCGCUGCUGGGCACCGUGUCGUCGCCCAGCUCGUCGCCCACCCACCUGUGGACCGGCGAGGUGAGCGCGGCCCCACCCCCAGCCCGCGUCCGGCAUCGGAGGAGGUGUCCGGAGCAGAGCCGAAGCUCGCCGGAGAAGAGGAGCCCCAGCGCCCCGGUUUGCAAAGCAGCUUCACAGAAUCAAGAACGGCUAUGUGCAUUUAAAGAUCCGUAUCAGCAAGACCUUGGGAUAGGUGAGAGUAGAAUCUCUCAUGAAAAUGGGACAAUAUUAUGCUCGAAAGGUAGCACCUGCUAUGGCCUUUGGGAGAAAUCAAAAGGGGACAUAAAUCUUGUAAAACAAGGAUGUUGGUCUCACAUUGGAGAUCCCCAAGAGUGUCACUAUGAAGAAUGUGUAGUAACUACCACUCCUCCCUCAAUUCAGAAUGGAACAUACCGUUUCUGCUGUUGUAGCACAGAUUUAUGUAAUGUCAACUUUACUGAGAAUUUUCCACCUCCUGACACAACACCACUCAGUCCACCUCAUUCAUUUAACCGAGAUGAGACAAUAAUCAUUGCUUUGGCAUCAGUCUCUGUAUUAGCUGUUUUGAUAGUUGCCUUAUGCUUUGGAUACAGAAUGUUGACAGGAGACCGUAAACAAGGUCUUCACAGUAUGAACAUGAUGGAGGCAGCAGCAUCCGAACCCUCUCUUGAUCUAGAUAAUCUGAAACUGUUGGAGCUGAUUGGCCGAGGUCGAUAUGGAGCAGUAUAUAAAGGCUCCUUGGAUGAGCGUCCAGUUGCUGUAAAAGUGUUUUCCUUUGCAAACCGUCAGAAUUUUAUCAACGAAAAGAACAUUUACAGAGUGCCUUUGAUGGAACAUGACAACAUUGCCCGCUUUAUAGUUGGAGAUGAGAGAGUCACUGCAGAUGGACGCAUGGAAUAUUUGCUUGUGAUGGAGUACUAUCCCAAUGGAUCUUUAUGCAAGUAUUUAAGUCUCCAUACAAGUGACUGGGUAAGCUCUUGCCGUCUUGCUCGUUCUGUUACUAGAGGACUGGCUUAUCUUCACACAGAAUUACCACGAGGAGAUCAUUAUAAACCUGCAAUUUCCCAUCGAGAUUUAAACAGCAGAAAUGUCCUAGUGAAAAAUGAUGGAACCUGUGUUAUUAGUGACUUUGGACUGUCCAUGAGGCUGACUGGAAAUAGACUGGUGCGCCCAGGGGAGGAAGAUAAUGCAGCCAUAAGCGAGGUUGGCACUAUCAGAUAUAUGGCACCAGAACUGCUAGAAGGAGCUGUGAACUUGAGGGACUGUGAAUCAGCUUUGAAACAAGUAGACAUGUAUGCUCUUGGACUAAUCUAUUGGGAGAUAUUUAUGAGAUGUACAGACCUCUUCCCAGGGGAAUCCGUACCAGAGUACCAGAUGGCUUUUCAGACAGAGGUUGGAAACCAUCCCACUUUUGAGGAUAUGCAGGUUCUCGUGUCUAGGGAAAAACAGAGACCCAAGUUCCCAGAAGCCUGGAAAGAAAAUAGCCUGGCAGUGAGGUCACUCAAGGAGACAAUCGAAGACUGUUGGGACCAGGAUGCAGAGGCUCGGCUUACUGCACAGUGUGCUGAGGAAAGGAUGGCUGAACUUAUGAUGAUUUGGGAAAGAAACAAAUCUGUGAGCCCAACAGUCAAUCCAAUGUCUACUGCUAUGCAGAAUGAACGCAACCUGUCACAUAAUAGGCGUGUGCCAAAAAUUGGUCCUUAUCCAGAUUAUUCUUCCUCCUCAUACAUUGAAGACUCUAUCCAUCAUACUGACAGCAUCGUGAAGAAUAUUUCCUCUGAGCAUUCUAUGUCCAGCACACCUUUGACUAUAGGGGAAAAAAACCGAAAUUCAAUUAACUAUGAAUGACAGCAAGCACAAGCUCGAAUCCCCAGCCCUGAAACAAGUGUCACCAGCCUCUCCACCAACACAACAACCACAAACACCACAGGCCUCACGCCAAGUACUGGCAUGACUACUAUAUCUGAGAUGCCAUACCCAGAUGAAACAAAUCUGCAUACCACAAAUGUUGCACAGUCAAUUGGGCCAACCCCUGUCUGCUUACAGCUGACAGAAGAAGACUUGGAAACCAAGCUAGACCCAAAAGAAGUUGAUAAGAACCUCAAGGAAAGCUCUGAUGAGAAUCUCAUGGAGCACUCUCUUAAGCAAUUCAGUGGCCCAGACCCACUGAGCAGUACUAGUUCUAGCUUGCUUUACCCACUCAUAAAACUUGCAGUAGAAGCAACUGGACAGCAGGACUUCACACAGGCUGCAAAUGGCCAAGCAUGUUUGAUUCCUGAUGUUCUGCCUACUCAGAUCUAUCCUCUCCCCAAGCAGCAGAACCUUCCCAAGAGACCUACUAGUUUGCCUUUGAACACCAAAAAUUCAACAAAAGAGCCCCGGCUAAAAUUUGGCAGCAAGCACAAAUCAAACUUGAAACAAGUCGAAACUGGAGUUGCCAAGAUGAAUACAAUCAAUGCAGCAGAACCUCAUGUGGUGACAGUCACCAUGAAUGGUGUGGCAGGUAGAAACCACAGUGUUAACUCCCAUGCUGCCACAACCCAAUAUGCCAAUGGGACAGUACUAUCUGGCCAAACAACCAACAUAGUGACACAUAGGGCCCAAGAAAUGUUGCAGAAUCAGUUUAUCGGUGAGGACACCCGGCUGAAUAUUAAUUCCAGUCCUGAUGAGCAUGAGCCUUUACUGAGACGAGAGCAACAAGCUGGCCAUGAUGAAGGUGUUCUGGAUCGUCUUGUGGACAGGAGGGAACGGCCACUAGAAGGUGGCCGAACUAAUUCCAAUAACAACAACAGCAAUCCAUGUUCAGAACAAGAUGUUCUUGCACAGGGUGUUCCAAGCACAGCAGCAGAUCCUGGGCCAUCAAAGCCCAGAAGAGCACAGAGGCCUAAUUCUCUGGAUCUUUCAGCCACAAAUGUCCUGGAUGGCAGCAGUAUACAGAUAGGUGAGUCAACACAAGAUGGCAAAUCAGGAUCAGGUGAAAAGAUCAAGAAACGUGUGAAAACUCCCUAUUCUCUUAAGCGGUGGCGCCCUUCCACCUGGGUCAUCUCCACUGAAUCGCUGGACUGUGAAGUCAACAAUAAUGGCAGUAACAGGGCAGUUCAUUCCAAAUCCAGCACUGCUGUUUACCUUGCAGAAGGAGGCACUGCCACAACCAUGGUGUCUAAAGAUAUAGGAAUGAACUGUCUGUGAAAUGUUUUCAAGCCUAUGGAGUGAAAUUAUUUUUUGCAUCAUUUAAACAUGCAGAAGAUGUUUAAAAAAAAAACAAAAACUGCUUUAUCCUCCUGUCAGCACCCCCUCCCACCCCUGCAACAAGGACUUGCUUUAAAUAGAUUUCAGCUAUGCAGAAAAAUUUAGCUUAUGCUUCCAUAUUUUUAAAUUUUGUUUUUUAAGUUUUGCACUUUUGUUUAGUCUCGCUAAAGUUAUAUUUGUCUGUUAUGACCACAGAGUUAUAUGUGUGUGUAUCAAAAGUGGUCUCAAAAUAUUUUUUUAAGAAAAAAAGCAAAAACAAUGUAUUGCUGAUAAUCAGUUUGGACCAGUUUCUUAAGGUCAUUAAAACAGAAGCAAAUUAAGACA